AUGGCACCUACAAUCACACUCCACUUCCUCGCGCUUCCGGGCACGCGCGCCGACCGCUUGUUCUGGGUGCUCGAAGAGCUGGGCCUGCAGUACAAUGUCGUCUGCCACGUCCCGGGCAAGGGCGGCAUCCCCCAGUCGCUCAAGGACGUGUCCAAGCUGGGCAAGUCUCCGGUGAUUGAAAUCGACGGGCGUAUUGCGACCGAAACCGGAUCGAUCAUCCAUAACCUCGUUGGCGCGCACUCGACCCCGGAGAUCGAGCGUAGCCCAAGCAACGACUCGUACUUCUGGAGCCUGUUCAGCGAGGGCACCAUGAUGCUCCAUCUCCAACCCGCCCGUGUUUUGGGUAUGAUGGAUGGAGCUAUGGGCAAGCGCCUCUCGAAGGAGGGUGCGGAGGGUGCGCAUGCCCUCUACAAGCUCUUCAACGAUAACUGGGUCUCGAAGAACGUCCAGUCUCAGCUCGAUGUCGUCGAGGACUUCCUCUCCAAGAACAAGUACUUUUCGGGCAACGACAAGAUCGGCGAGGGCGACUUCAUGAUGGCGUACCCCCUCAACGUGUUGGCGUACGGCAUGCGCACUGGCGAGUUCAAGAUUGGCGCGGCGACCCAGAAGUGGCUCGACGGCAUGCGCGCCCGGCCGGCAUGGAAGCGCGCCCUCGAGCGCAUUGAGGCGGCACGUAAGGCACAGGCCAAGCUGUAG